AUGUUAUUAAAGUCGACGUUUCUUCUCGCCCUUGUCAUACACACUAUUGCUUUUCCGCUUGAAUCGGAUGGCAGCGGUUCAGAACAAGGAAAAUGUGUAUGUCCCGCUGCGGCAGAACCUUUAACCUCAACAGUUGCUCCACAAAUGUGCAUUUGUCCUGCACAAGAAGAGCCUUCGACAACUUCUGCUAGUCCUGAGCCUUGUGUUUGUCCACCACCAGAGGAGCUUUCCACAACACCAGCUGCUGUAGGAUGCGUUUGCCCGGCACUGGAGGAACCCUCGACCACUGAGGCCGCUGCUCCCGAGCCCUGUGUUUGUCCACCACCAGAAGAGCCUUCCACAACACCAGCUGCUGUAGGGUGCGUGUGUCCAGCUCUAGAGGAACCUUCCACGACUACCACCGCCGCUCCUCCUCAGGAAUGUGUCUGCCCUGUGCUGGCUGAAGCGACUUCUGCUCCUCAGCAGCUCUGUCAAUGCCCUCUUCAACAAGAACCUGCGACGACUCCAGCUCCACAGCCAUUAACUCUCAUUCAGAUCUCCUGCUGCGGCUGUGAUUGCGGUUGCUGUGACUGCUGUGAGGUUCAGGAGGAUCCCACCACCACGACCAGUACCACAACGACUACCACAACUACGACCACAACAACGACAACUACUACUACGACCACUGAGCCUCCGACAACGACCAGCCCACCUUGCUGUUGCUGCGCAGGGAGGAGGCGCAAGUGCGGAUGCGGUUGUGGUAAUGGAUGCGGUAACAGUUGCGGUAACGGAUGCAACAGCGGUUGCGGAAGACCUGCUGAUGAAGAACUACCAAGACCUGCAGAGAUCUCCGCUGACCUGCUAACCUGUCCCGAUGGCUGGAUUCGUUAUCAGCAGUCAUGCUACUACAUGGAAACUGCAAAAAUGACUUUGCAGAAUGCAGAGAGAGCCUGCAAUGAGAAGGGCGGCUCUCUGUUCGUCGCUGAUUCGCUCGGAGAAUUCAACGAAGUGGUGAAAGAGUCUCCACUCUACUUCUGGAGCUGGAUUGGUCUUGGACAAAAUGACGCUAGCGGAUAUCCCCGAUGGCAGUCGCAAGGAAUGGGACUUUCGCCACUGAAGUGCCUCCCAGCUGAUAGUGGAAACUUACCUCUAUGGGAUGGAAUGUACGGAAUGAAUCCAGCAGAGCUGAAAUGGCUGGUGACACCGUUCAGCUCAGCUUCAAAUGGGUGGUCAACAGCUGCGACCUGUGUGGCGCACUACAACAUCGACAUUUACACUUCCACUUACCUCUACUUCUAUCCGUGCUCAUACGAGUUCUACUCUAUUUGCGAGAAAAACUCGACUCUUCUUGUGCAGGAGAAUUCAAAAAACUCUUCCUCUUCCGAUACACCGACAGCAGUUUUACCGAAUGGAACGAGUGAACGUCAGUAUACGAGCCUUCGGGAGCCACCGUCUACAGAACUUUAUCCUAUGGUGCCAACUUCCGUGACUGUUCCAACGUAUCCAUCCCACGUUCGUGGGGAGAGGUUAACACAUCUGUCGGAAAUUGAAUGGGAUAAAGCGGAAAUGGCAUAUCCAUCUGAAUAUUUAAACCUAGAAAGGAACAAUGAUCGAAUAUCGGUGUUCGCUGCAGCAGAGAAAGGACUCGAGUACCAACUCCGUCUUGAAGAGAAAAGGAGGCAGCGAAAAUUAGCUAGGCGUCAAAAGAGAAUUCUGGCAGCUAAAAGGAAGUCAAAAAUCGAGGCAAUCGAAACAUUCGCACAACUAGUUUCCGCGGUAACAGCUUUUCUGAACGAAGAUAGGAAGAAGAACCAUGGUAUACAGGUAGUUCCCUGGAUCUCUCAAGACGUCGGUUUUCAUUAA